AUGCCUGGUCAGCCCAUCAAUCUUAUCGGCAGCCCGUACAAAAUCAUCGCUAAAAUCCUAACACAGAGAUUCAAAACUAUCCUCUUGAAAGAAAUUUCCCCUUCUCAAAGCGCCUUUAUUGCUAGCACGCAGAUUCUAGAUUGCCCGCAGAUCUGUGUUUGUUCUACGCGCUUCUCAAUCCUUCUCAAUGGAUUUUCCCUCCGCUACUUUGCAGCUUCCAGAGGCCUUAGGCUUGUUGACCCUUCACCCCCUUUCCUCUUCUUGGUUAUUUAUGAGGCUCUUGGUAGAAUGUUAACCAAAGGUCAAGAAGCGACGCUUUUUCAAUGCUUUAAGGUGGAGAAUAUCUCAUCCCGAGUCUCUAAUUUACAAUUCGCAGAUAAUACAAUUAUCUUCUAUGAGGCAAAAGAUUUUAUGGUUGACAAUCUUCACAAAAUUACCAUGUGUUUCGAAGUGGCUUCUGGGCUGAAGAUCAACAUUUCCAAAUGUGAGGUUUUGGGCGUCCAUCGCUCAGAGGCUGAUGUGUUUGGGCUGGCCUCCGUGUUCUAA